AUGGCCAAAAAUGACAAUGUAAUUCAAAGCCAGGCAGCAUCUCUUCGGAAUCUUGAAAUUCAAUUGGGGCAAUUGGCCAGUGAUUUGAAGAAUAGACCACAAGGCACUUUGCCAAGUGACACCGAAAACCUAAGAAGAGAUGGCAAAGAACAUUGCAAAGUGGUAACCUUGAGAAGUGGAAAAAUUCUUGAGUCAAAUGUGGCUGCAACAGGCAGUAAGGAGCCCUCUUCAAUCCAAAAAGAGGGGGAAAUGAAGAUAAAACCAGCAAUUUCAGCUGCUGAAAUUCCCCCAGUAGUUACAGCAUCCAGUCAGCAUUCUGCUGCAGAAAAGUCUUUGCAAAAGCCACUUCCACCAUUUCCUGAACGGUUCAAGAAGCAACAAGACGAUGGUCAAUUUCGGAGAUUUCUUGAUGUUCUAAAGCAGCUCCACAUCAAUAUACCAUUAGUGGAAGCUUUGGAGCAAAUGCCAACCUAUGUAAAGUUUUUGAAGGAUAUUUUGACAAAGAAAAGGAGGCUUGGCGAGUUUGAAACGGUCGCUUUGACGGAGGGCUGUAGUGCUAUGUUGAAAAGUAAAAUCCCACCCAAAUUGAAAGAUCCGGGCAGUUUUACAAUUCCAAUUUCUAUUGGGGGUCGAGAUGUUGGAAGAGCUCUUUGUGACUUGGGAGCUAGUAUUAAUCUCAUGCCUAUGUCCAUUUUUGGAAAGUUGGGAAUUGGAGAAGCAAGGCCAACCACCGUCACUUUGCAAUUAGCGGAUCGUUCCAUGACGCAUCUAGAAGGGAAGAUUGAAGAUGUGUUGGUGCAAGUGGAUAAGUUUAUUUUUCCAGUCGAUUUCAUUAUUCUUGACUAUGAGGAAGAUAAGGAAGUUCCAAUCAUUUUAGGGAGGCCAUUUCUUGCUACGGGAAUGACUUUAAUAGAUGUUGAAAAAGGAGAGCUCACCAUGAGAGCUCAAGAUGAGCAAGCCACAUUCAAGGUUUUCCAUCCUAUGCGUGCUCUGGAUGCAAUAGGAGAAUGCUUAGCAAUUGGAGAUAUGGUGUAA